UGAAUGAACAAUAGAUAAUUUAAAACAGUGUUUUUAGGAAGUUAAAAUGUAGGAAAAAGUUGUAUAGUAAAGAGAAUAGUUGAAAAUAAAUAUGAUGGUAAGACAGAACCAACGAUUGGUAGUUCAUUUCUAUCUAAAACCAUUAAUAUAAAUGGAGAAGAAAUAACAUUCUAAUUAUGGGAUACUGCUGGUUAAGAAGCUUUUAGAGCACUUACUAAAAUAUAUUAUAGAUGUAUUUAUUUGAAUUUGGUAUAAAGUAUAUAAGAAUCCUAAAUUGCCAUAUUAGUUUAUGAUAUUACACAAAAGGAUUCAUUUCGUAAUCUAGAGAAAUGGUAUGAAGAUCUUAAAGAGAAUUGUGAUCGAAAUUAAAUGAUUUUAGCACUAUGUGGAAAUAAAGUUGAUUUAGAGAAUGAUAUUGUCACAUAUGCAGAUGCUAAAAAAUUUGCAGAUAAGAUUAAUGCUGAGUUAUUUUUUGUAUCUGCUAAAACUGGAUAAGGAAUUGAAGGUUUGUUAUUAUUAAAAUAUUGAGGAAAUGUUUGAUAAAGUUGGUACAAUGGCAUCCCAAAUUCAAUUAGAAAAUCCUGAAUUUAAUAGAGG